AUGUCAAAAGUAGUUUGCAAGACAAAGCGAAUUGGCGGUGGAUUUGGAGGGAAGGAGACUAGGUCAGCUUUCAUUGCUGCUAUAGCUGCCGUGCCAUCAUAUCACUUGAAUCGUCCAGUGAAACUUACACUAGACAGGGACAUUGACAUGAUGAUAACUGGGCAACGCCAUAGCUUUCUUGGAAAGUACAAGGUAGGGUUCGCAAACAAUGGAAAGGUGCUUGCCCUGGAUCUUGGAAUCUUCAAUAAUGCUGGAAAUUCACUCGAUCUGUCUCUUGCUAUACUUGAACGCGCUAUGUUUCACUCUGAUAAUGUCUAUGAGAUACCAAAUGUCAGGGUUAACGGUAGGGUUUGCUUCACUAAUUUCCCUAGUAACACUGCUUUCCGAGGAUUUGGUGGUCCCCAAGGUAUGCUAAUUACUGAAAAUUGGAUUCAAAGAAUUGCGGUCGAAGUUAAGAAACGGCCAGAAGAGAUACGGGAAAUUAAUUUUAUUAGUGAUGGAACGCUGUUGCAUUAUGGUCAACUAAUUGAACACUGUACACUGGACCGGCUCUGGAAUGAACUGAAGUCAUCUUGUGACUGGUUGAAAGCUCAGCAAGAAGUUGAACAGUUUAAUCUUCAUAAUCGGUGGAAAAAGCGUGGAGUUGCUAUGAUCCCCACUAAAUUUGGCAUUUCCUUUACAACAAAGUUCAUGAACCAGGCAGGUGCUCUUGUUCAAAUCUACACAGAUGGAACUGUCUUAGUUACUCACGGGGGUGUCGAGAUGGGGCAAGGUUUACAUACAAAAGUAGCUCAGAUAGCCGCUUCUUCCUUCAAUAUCCCUCUGAGUUCAGUGUUUAUAUCAGAGACAAGUACCGACAAGGUCCCUAAUGCAUCACCAACAGCAGCUUCAGCUAGUUCUGAUAUGUAUGGGGCUGCAGUUUUGGAUGCGUGUGAACAAAUAAAGGCACGGAUGGAGCCUAUCACUUCAAGACAUAAUUUUAGUUCUUUCUCAGAGCUGGUAAAUGCAUGCUACAUGGAGAGGAUAGACCUUUCUGCUCAUGGAUUCUACAUCACACCAGAUGUCGGAUUUGAUUGGGGAACUGGUAAAGGGAGUCCAUUCAGGUACUUCACCUAUGGUGCUGCAUUUGCUGAGGUUGAAAUUGACACAUUAACUGGAGAUUUCCACACGAGGAGAGCUGAUGUUUACUUGGAUCUUGGAUAUUCUCUCAAUCCGGCCAUUGAUGUUGGACAGAUUGAAGGAGCAUUUGUACAAGGUUUGGGGUGGGUAGCCUUGGAGGAGUUGAAAUGGGGAGAUGCAGCUCACAAAUGGAUCCGACCAGGCUGCUUGUACACAUGUGGGCCCGGAAGUUAUAAAAUUCCUUCUGUGACUGACGUUCCCUUCAAAUUCCAUGUUUCGCUGUUGAAGGUAAGCAUCAUGAUACUUCUGCCUAGAUAUUUGGGAGUGCUUGGAUGUCCUAAGGAAUUGAAAAUUUUCACUAUCCAAUGCAUGGUAUUUGAACACAUUAAGUGGGGUGCUCCCAAUGCCAAAGCCAUUCAUUCAUCUAAAGCUGUAGGUGAACCUCCAUUCUUUCUUGCUUCAGCUGUCUUUUUUGCCAUCAAAGAUGCCAUUAUAGCAGCAAGAGCAGAAGUGGGGUGUAAUGAAUGGUUUCCUCUUGAUAACCCAGCAACGCCUGAACGGAUCCGGAUGGCUUGUACCGAUGAAUUUACCAAACCAUUUGUUGACUCUGAUUUCCACCCAAAACUGAGUGUCUGA